AAAAAAAACCCUGGACGCAAUGAUCGCUGUGAGCGAGGAGGAAGCGCUCGAGACGCUGUGAUGUCAGCAGUUGGGACAAACCACUGAGCGGCUGCCAGGCAGGGGGAGCUCCGUGUCUGAGGUGUUGGGUUGAGCGGCGCAGUGGAGGCUGAGCGGAGCCCGCGGUAUUCCCUGACAGGCUGACAGGAAGACCCGCACUGCAGGCGGCGGAGAUGGUGUCCUUUAUCCGCAGUUUGGUGAGGGCAGGACGGCCUCGGAAGUCACGGUGUCCCCCCCCGGCUCGCAGUGGUACAGUCCGGGGAAAGCAGGUCAACGUUGAGCUCCGUUAAAAACAAUAACAAGCGGCUCGCGCGACCGGAUAUAGCGGACACAGCGGGUAUAACGGACACACCGGGUACAGCGGACUGUGACUGACACCGCGGGGGCCGGGCUCUCACACCGGGACACAGAGCGCCCACCGAGGGCCCCGCACUCUCCCCCAGGGCCCCCUCCCCACCCCCGAGGGGCCCCACCUCCCCCAGGGCCCCGCACUCUCCUCUCCGGCUGGCUGUGGCGGGGGCCGGUCCGGCCCGAGCCGAGGAGCUGUUACUGCUGCUGUCCGAGGAAGAGGAGGCUGCUGUCCCGGGGCCCCCCCGCCCGGCCACCCCGGGCCCCGCUCCAGCCUCCUGCCUCGGGGACAUGGAUCAGUGCGUGACGGUGGAGAGGGAGCUGGACAAGGUGCUCCAGAAAUUCGGGGGGUAUGGACAGCACUGCGAGAGGAGCCUGGAGGAACUGAUCGAGUAUGCGGGGGGACUGAGGAGAGAGAUCCUGCAGGCUUCAGGUAACCAGGGGGGGACAGACCCUGCAGGCUUCAGGUAACCAGGGGGGGACAGACCCUGCAGGCUUCAGGUAACCAGGGGGGGACACACUGCAGGCAUCAGGUAACCAGGGGGGACAGACCCUGCAGGCUUCAGGUAACCAGGGGGGGACAGACCCUGCAGGCUUCAGGUAACCAGGGGGGGACAGACCCUGCAGGCUUCAGGUAACCAGGGGGGGACAGACACUAUAGGCGUCAGGUAACGGGGGGGGCAGACACUAUAGGCGUCAGGUAACGGAGGGGGCAGACACUAUGGUCAGGUAGCGGAGGGAGGCAGACACUAUAGGCGUCCAGGUAACAGGGGAGGCAGACACUAUGGCGUCAGGUAGCCGGGGAGGGACGGAAAUACUAUAAGUCAAGUAACGAGAGGACAGACACUAUAAAGCUAGUAGCACCAGGGGCAUUUACUAUAGAAACGUCAGAGUAGCGGAGGGCAGGCACUAUAAGCGUCAGGUAGCAGAGGGCGAACACUAUAGGCGUCAGAGUAACUGGAGAGGACAGAUACUACUAUAGGCGGCAGGUAACGGGGUGGAACGAACACUAUAUAGGCUUCCUUCCUGGCCAACGAGGCAGACACUAUAGGCGGCAGGUAACCAGGGGGGGACAGACACUAUAGGCGGCAGGUAACCAGGGGGGGACAGACACUAUAGGCGGCAGGUAACCAGGGGGGGACGCAGAUUCUAUAAGGGACAGGUAACCAGGGGACACACACAGAUUCUAUAGGGGACAGGUAGCCGGGGGGGCGACAGACACUAUAGGCGUCAGGUAACUGGAGGGGGGCGACAGAUUCUAUAGGGGACAGGUAACCGGGGGGGACAGAUCCUAUAGGCAUCAGGUAACCAGGGGGCGACAAAUCCUAUAGGGGACAGGUAACCAAGGGGGACUGAUCCUAUAGGGGACAGGUAUGGACAGUGAAGUAACAGAACUACUACGCUGACCUGUAGUGUGUCCCUUUUAACUGUAAAUGCCUGAACUCCCUGUGCUGUAGUGCGCUCCUUAAUCUUGUACUAUGUCAGAGUAACCCUAACUUACCUUGCAGGACCCCACGAGCAGCCCUCUGUACAUGGAGUAACUUAGCUAUACAGGUCAGCUUCCUAUGUACAGCAGUUGGUGUGUGUGAGAGAAGACAAAGUGAGUACAGGGAGAGCUAGGAUAUCUUCCUGUCAAUCUAUACCAGAGGCUAUAACUGAAGCUGUAGUUCUUAACAGCUGGAAUGCUCAUCCAUUAUGCAAUUCUGAUGAUAUAGGUUUUUGUGACUGAAUUAACGUCUUAGCGAAAGGGGACUUGGCUAAAGGUGGUACAUGGGAUGGAGAACCAUUGAUUUCAGAAGGAUGUGGUCAGAUAAAAUGCUUAGUGUGAAGAUCAUGUAGUACAUGGUUUACACAGAGUAAGCUCGGUGAGAGACUGGAAAACUAACAUGACUAUUUAGUAAAGUGAGAAUUCAAAUUAAAGGGACACUGUAGGCACCCAGACCACUUCAGUUCAGUGUCCCAGGUUCCUUAACCCUUCAGUGGUAAUUUUUGAAGUUUUUAAUAAACUGCAAUAUUUACUUUUGAGGAUUACCUCCACAUCUAGUGUCUGAGGGACAUCGGCACUGUAAUAAGGGUAAGGUAAAUGACAGAAGGGGUUUCUAACCUGUUUUACAACCUGGGGGAGGGUGAUGGGGGGAGGGGGCACUUUUUUUUAAGGCUGGAAAAUACAAAACUAGACAAAUUGUCGGCUAUACGUCACGUUCAGCAACUUUGGCAUAAAUUGAAUUCUCACUUUUGUGAAUAACUUUGUUUUAUACUUCCAGUGGUGUAUGAGUUUUUAUAACAGGUAGAAUGAGUUACUUGGGCCAUGAAAUGCAUGAGUCCAAAAGAGUGAGCAUAUGUGAAUUUGAAUCUUACAAUAUUUUUUUUGAAACUUCCAGGAAUUAGUUGAAAUUACUAGUGGUUCCUGUUUUUUUUGGCAGAAUGAUUGGCAGUUGUGAAGGUUUAGUACUGAUCGCUCUAUAUGUGGUAGCAAAGACCAUUGUUGGUCAUAUCUGUGCUAAAUCUGAUAAUGCUGAGCCUUUAUAUAUGUUGUUUCACUUUAAAGAAGACUGCCGUUAUCAAUGCUACUUUCAAACCAUCUGGCAUACACACUCGCAUACAUGGCUCAUACAAGGUAACUUUUUUAGCUCUGUGAACUUUUGAGGAAUACUUCAAGCACCACAACCAUUACAACUUUCUGCACUGGUUAUGGUGCACGGGGGAUUGGCGUCCCCAGUUUGAAUACUCACCAGGGUCUGUUGGACGUCAUACGCCACCUUUACUACAGCAAACUAAAAGAACCGUAGUAGCUUCUCUUGGCUCUCUUGAUCUGCUAGCUCAUUCGCUGAGGGUGUCAGCUGAUCUCUCUCUGUCAAUGAACUAAGCCACGCAUUGCUUGGAACUAAGAGACGUUUGUGUUUAGGAGUUUCCAGCACUUCUAUGCUCGUAGUAGAUCUGGCGAGCACUGCCCGUAGGGCCAAAGAAAAGAAGUCAAACCGAUCUAGAAUGGUUUAAUUCCUUUCUGUAUAGUGGGGGAAAGCUCCUGGAACCAUAGUGACUCUACCAAACUGUAGUGGUUAUGGUGCUUGGAAUGUUUUCUAUUAAGAUAAUCCUGACAUGCCAUUCUUUGUGAAGUAAAGACAAUUAAAGAAAUUACGUGUUUCAGAUUACACAUUUGUUUCUCUCUUUGCAUAUAUGGCUUAAAAACAAUGGCUUAUGUGCUGUGGUAAGUGGUGCUCAUAAUCUUUCAAGAAAAAGUAUUGGUGAAGGAUUUAACCCAUUAUGCAUAUCUUAAUGUGCAGGCCCUAUGAAUUUAACAUGAUGUAAACCAGCACAUUAGUUGGGUAGAGGCUGAAAAAAGUAUUUGGAUUCCCAUUUAUUUGAAUUGAAGCAUUGCGAAUGUGGUGCACUCAGUGUCACAUGUAUUGAGCAAUCUUUUUCCUUUUGAAAGCCUUACAGCCCUGACAAUUCUGAUCUUUUAUAUUGACUUGAAUGGAGGUACUUAUGGCACUACUACACUUACGAAUACUGCAGUAUACCUUCAGUUACCUGUUGGAAACGUAAACUCCCCUAAAAUCUAAAUUUGCCUCCCUCUCCCCUUUCGUGUCAAGGCCAUUUUUCUGUCUGACAGACACAUGCCCUCAUUGAUACAUGCACUGAUAUCCACUCACUGACAGAUGCACAGUCAUUGGCAACACACACUCUCAGAUACACUUAAAAUGACAUGCACACACACUGACAGCUACACUCACAGUAAAGUGGACUUCACCAGAACACAAGGCAUUUGUCUGGGAGCUUGGGGUGGCAUUUUUCGGGUGCCGCCCUAGGCAAAUGCCUUCUUUGCCUUGUGGUAAAUACAUCUCUGGGUACACGUUAGAAGCGUUAUAUACACACUCUGCGUUAUAUACACACUCUGCAUUCAUACAGACACUGCAUUCAUUAUAUACACACUGUAAAUAAAUAUUGAAUUAAUGUAAUUUUUUGGGAUCUAAUUUUAUUUAGAAAUUUACCAGUAGCUGCUGCAUUUCCCACCCUAGGCUUAUACUCGAGUCAAUACAUUUUCCCAGUUUUUUGGGGGUAAAAUUAGGGGCCUCGGCUUAUAUUCGGGUCGGCUUAUACUCGAGUAUAUAUGGUAAUCUCUUAGGUUUGCUGGUAAUUUGUGUAGGCUAACAAUAUCCUUACACAGUGCUAGCAGGGGUGGAGGAAAGAAAAUAUUUUUUUACCUGUACAUUUGCUAAUAAUUUUGUUGUCACAAUGUGAAGAGUACCAUUGCAUGUCUAAUGCACUUUAACCUCUGCAUUUAAGAGGGGACGGUCACUUCUCUGUAAUUUACACCUCUGAAAACAUUUAGAACUUAUGCUAUCCACGUUUUCAUGUGAUUCUCCGUUUUCUGUAAAACUUCUAUUUAAUUGACCACUAUAGUGCCAGGAAAACAUACUUGUUUUCCUGGCACUAUAGUGCCCUGAGGGUGCCCCCUCCCGCCGGGCUGGAUGGAGAGGAAGGGGAUAAACUUACCUCUUCUCCAGCGCCGGACUCUCCUCCUCCUCUUCGGCUGAAUGCGAAUGCGCGGCAAGAGCUGCGUGCGCAUUCAGCCAGUCCAUAGGAAAGCAUUCACAAUGCUUUCCUAUGGACGCUGGCGUCUUCUCACUGUGAUUUUUCACAGUGAGAAACGCGGAAGCCGUCUAGCGGCUGCCAAUGAGACAGCCACUAGAGGCUGGAUUAACCCUAAUAUAAACAUAGCAGUUUCUCUGAAACUGCUGUUUAUAGAAAAAAGGGUUAACCCUAGAUGGACCAGGCACCCAGACCAUUUCAUUAAGCUAAAGUGGUCUGGGUGCCUAUAGUGGUCCUUUAAUGCAGUCACCCCCACAUCCAAAAUGAGUAUUUAUUGGACUGAGAGUUUCUUAAAAAUAGUAAAAGUAAUGACUAGAAAAAACAGGUGUAGGCGCUCUCUAAAAUAACUAAAUGUACGGCAGCAGUGAACCAGCAGGACUUCCCAAUACCUGCUAAAAACCAGAAAGUGCGAAAACAGAGUGGUAGACCGCGCCACAGAGGAAUUGGAAAUAGUUAAAUUAAAAAAGUGAUACCCGUCUUAGGAUAUAGGAACAAAAGGUUUCCUACUCUUCUUCUUGGUUUACCUUUUGUUCCUGGUGCACUUUGGAUCCUGCCUAUAUCCUUUGGUGGGGAUUAUACCACCACAAGCCUUCAUCACCAGAGCAAGUUUAUUGCUCUGAAAAUUGUAAGUAGGAUACUUACCCUUUCUUUUAUAUACUAUUUAUAGUACAUACUACACUAUUGGAUUUUAUUUGUGUUUUUGUUCAAUGCACAAUCGUGGAGCUCUGGAAGCUACAUCUCACUACUAUUCCUAUAUCCUAAGACUGGGAUCAUACCGUCCAGGCGCAAUACAGUAGAGCUCUCAGUAGCUCUGGAAAGUGUGAGUUAGCCUUUCUGCUGGAUUUCCGUAUAUUUUAUCCAAAAGUUGUUUUAAAUUGACAUACUGCACUAUUAUUGUCUUAAUUUAUAUCUCUUUAAGGUUUAUACCUACCAUUAUAUUGUUGGAAUACCCUGUAUGUAUGUAUACAUCACUUUUUUUUAUUUAACUAUUUCCAAUUCCUCUGUGACGCGGUCUACCACUCUGUUUUCGCACUAAAAGUAUGGAUAAAAGGUGGAGCAUCCUUUUGCCAAGUCCUCAGCUGUCACUAGUGUGGGGAAAAAAGAUUCUAUUGAGUAUCCCAAUGUCUCCAUAGACGUCAUUGUUAUACGCGAGAGUAUUACACUGACGUCUGCUCCUGGCAGGAAGAAGAUGGUACCAUGUGCGCUUGUGACAAGUUCAUGUACGUAAAACUGGCCUUCCCCUACACCCCAAUGGCCACUGCACUGCCAGCAGAGCCGUCACUCUCACGAUCUCCGCAAAUUAUGCAAAAACUCUAGACAGUGACAGAACUGCUUUAAGUCUUUCCAAAUGACAACAUAAUCUAGUUCAGACAAGAUAAAGCCUGGGCAUAGAGUAGAUACAUUUAGGGUUGCUCCGUGGCAUAUCUAGAGCUUUUAAAGCCUGGAACGGUCUGUGAGUUUACAGCCCCUCCCAUCCGGUAUCAUCGCAAAGCUGCCGCCACUCUGUGAGGAAUACAGGGAGCAAGCAUAGGAUGUGAUUCAUAUGCCUGCUGCAUGCUCCAGAGCCGCUGGACUGGAAAGAGGUGCUGGCAGAGCUUGGCCAUACUAAAUGAAGUGAGCUUUAGAAGAGGAGCACUGUAUUCUCCAGCCUGUUGUUUGGCCUGUGCCCCUAAGGUGACCCCCUGAUUACCUUGUAGUAAUAUCAGCAUUUGGGCUGUACGACCCAAAUGCCGCAGCCACUGUGAAAUAUUCCGGUCCUGGGGGGGUACUUUUACGUGAGACGCAAGGCUCCAGAGCUGCCUCCAAAAAAGUGACACCCGGUGCACUCUACCCCCCCCUCCCCAGCUACGCCUCUGAGGUGGCUACAGUGAGCUUUGCUACCAGUGCGGCUACUUUGGCCUUCUAUUUGAAAUUUAAAGACUAUAGUAAAGGGUCACUCCAAUCACCAUGACCGCUGGACUAGCUCAGGUCAGAGAGGAGGUGAUUGGCACCCGGCAAACUACAGUGCCCAUGGAAGUAGUCAAACCAUUUGCCAACAGUUUAACAACUUGUCUGUGGCUGGUUGGGUGCUGGUCACCUCCUCCAACACAGCUUCCAAUGGCUUUCUGGGGCUAAAUCCUGCUUUGCAGAGCCAGCAUAAUUGCGGAGUGUCAGAUGAUGAGUGAGUUAAGCCUGGCACCGCUGGGCUAGCUCAGGUCAGAGAGGAGGUGAUUGGCACCUGGCAAACCCCAGGUAAGUUGUACUACUUCCAUUGGAGGACUGCAGGGCACUUCUGGCACCAUAACCACUGCAACAUUCUGUAGUUGUUUUGGUAUUUGUUUUAAAUGGCAUUCUAGUAGGUAAUAGUUCAUAUAGCAUGCUCACCAUUUAACUUUUAUGGCGAUUUUAGAUAAACUGGAAAUCCAUUGGCUUCUGUGUAAGCCCAAAAGUGGAUGUACACUUGCUAUGUCUAUUGAGUGAAGAAUUAAAAAAAAAAAAAAAAUGGAAAUCCAUAUGUAUUGUGCAAGGGUUUGUGUUAUACAAGGAUGAAAGUGUGUGAUUAAGCAUUGUUAAAGGGAUGCUAUGGGCAUUUUUGGUGUAUAGAUCAUGUCAAUUCUCUGCCAUUUAGGAGUUAAAUUGCUUUUUUCUUUUUAUGCAGCCUAGCCACACCUCUCCUGGCUGUGACUGACAGCCUGCAUAAAAGAAAGUUUUUCAUUUUUUUGUUUUUGUUUUUGUAAAUAUGAUUUUUAUUUGUGUUGCCAAAGUUUAAGUAACAGUGGGACUCGCAGGUCUCAGUAGACAUGUUGAGUUUGAUAACAGUUGAACAACGUGCGGUAGAAUUGGUUGCAGAGCAUGCGGAUAUUUGCUCGGGCUUGCAGGCCCACAAUGUUGACGCACACGCAGGUCCCUUAUAAUAUUUAGUUUUGUACAUAUGAUUUUUAACUUCGUCAAUUAUUACUGUUUACAUAGACUUGGACUUAAUCGUGGGCGUCGGAGCGGAAGACUCACAAGUCUGUUUAAUACCUCUGGUGCUGUUUAUGUGUCAAGCUUUUCCGUAAGUGUGUGGGCAUUCAGUUUCCCUUAAUUUGGUGAGGUUUUUUUGUCUCGCAGGCCUCGUGCAAGUUAUAGCUUUUUUUUCAUAUUGGUUAUGGACCUUCGCCUACAUGAGGCCCGUGGUGUAUUAGGAUGUUAUGUCGACGUCUGGGUUAUUGUUCCGUGUGGCCUAUGCCACCCAUUUAGUGUGAUGCUAUGUCUUGUCUGGCACGCCAGUGCUCGUUAUUACGGAUGUGUUCUGUCUGUCCCUCUAAUUUCCACCCCCAUGCCAUAGUAUUGUUCCCUGUUCAGUCUAUGAUGUGCAUAUGUUUCACCCUUUAGUUCGGGUGCUUGUGUGCAUUCUCUUGUGUCGAUUAGGCCCUCUACCAUGGAAAGGGUAGAAUGUCCCCUGGUGUUUUCUCCCUGUUUCACUUUUAGUAAUCUCAGUCUCCCCGGCCCAGUCUUCUGUCAAGCCAUGUGCCUGUUUGCUGGUGUCCGUCGGCUUAUGUUGGCAUUAGUGUUUGUGGGUCUGAUGUCGUGUUUCGUUGUGUGCUCGUAGUCCUAUCGUGUGGUGAUGUGUCUGCUCUGUCUGUAUAUCGUGUCGUUUAUUUCAAAUCUUGUAACUGCAUUUCCAAUUCCCUCCGUCUAUUGUGUGGUUUGGUAUGAGCUUUCUCACAUGUCUGUGGGUGUUCAUUAUUUUGCUAUGUUUCUGUUGGUUGCCCAGUGUGUGUUUCUUGAGUGUUGCUUCUUUGUGUGCCUCCGCUCUACUCCCAUUCCGUAUCUGCUUCUUGUGUGGUAGCUCCCGGUACUUCUUUUCCUUUGUGUUAUGUAUGUGUGGAUAGUUUCUCCCCUUGAGGAGGGAAAAGGGGGGGGGGGUGUCUGUCUCCCCCGUGGCGCGUCCGGACCCCCUCCCAUGUCCGUUCCUGUCUCUCUCAGCUGCGCCUCUUUUUCUGUGUCACGUCUUAAGUGAUAUGCAAUAUCCAGGGCGUCCACAGUUCUGUUUAUCUUCCCUGCCUAGUGAUCCUAUUUUGGCUUCUGAUGUUCAUAUGUCUUCUACCUUAUUCUUCCAUUGUUCUAUUGAGGGUAUAUGUUCUUUCCUCCAGUGCAGUGGGAUUAGGGAUUUAGCCGCAUUUAGCAGGUGUCUCAGGAUUGACUUUUUGUAAGAGGAUAUGGGUUGUUCUGUAUGGUAUAUGAGGGCAGCCUCCAUCGUCAGCUCUGUGGGGUCACCUAGGACGUUUCCAAUUUCCUGUUCAAUGCUCCCCCAGUACGGUUUUAUUUUAUCACAGUCCCACCAGAUGUGUUUCAAGGUUCCAGGGCCGUUCCCGCAUCUCCAGCAGAUGUUCAGAAUUGUUGGGGUGUAGCGGUUAAUCAGGGAGUGUGUGCUAUACCAGAGUGUGAGUAGCUUGUAGUUUACUUCCUGGUAGUGGGAGCUUGUGAAGCUUUUGUGUUGUAGUAUUAGGAUCUUUUCCUACUGGGCACCCGAGAAGGAUUCCUCCGUCUAUUCCUCCCAUUGCCUUUUGUACAAGGCGUUAUCAGUUCGGUGUCCUGUCAGUAUGCUUUGAAAUAUCCUGGAGACCCUCCUGUCAAGAAUCACCCUCAAUUCGUUUUUAUUUCUCUCCCUGCUGUUGUAUUCGUGAGAUUUAUUACCUGUAUUACUGGUGCAUUCGUUAUUUUCUGUACGUUUAAAUCCCUUGUUCGGUAAAAUCACUAUUUUACCGAACAAGGACCACCCUGGGUAGCAAUUAGAACAUAGAAUCGUGUGUAACCGCAAGUUAAUUGAGAGUUCCCGGGCCGCCAUCCAUUGUUCUACGCCACGUGUUCGGCUCCCGAAAUGGCGGCCAUCUUAAACUCCCGAACGGCCAGUCAGCGGGACUUAGGCGUCGACCGCCUGGAAUUAUUUUCAGCAUAGCCCUCCAGCAUGACCCGGUCCCCAUGGAAGUCCCGUCUGACCUAUUUCCACGGAUUUGACACGAACGGCGUUCGGAAAAUUCAAUCUACCGAAUGAGGGGAACACUUUCCACGAACUCUCUGUAUUUUAACCCUGGUAGUUUUUGUGUAAAUUGAUGCGAACGGAGACCGGCUCUUAGCCCAAUUUCAUGGAACUCUAAAUUGGAUACCAGCAUGCAGGGAGCCGGUCAAACUUCCACACGACGCGACACGAAAACUACCAAACGGAUUUUCGUGAAAUUUAAGUAUGUUGCUUCCCAAAAUUAUGUUUAUAUGUAAUAUAAAAAGUACUUUUCUGAAAUUGUUGAAAACUGUAAUGUUUCUGGCCAGCAGAUAAUUGAGCUUUGUGUAUUGUAGAAACUCAAUUAUCUAGCCUGGCCCAGAGGAGGAGUUUUGUGUUGCAUAAAUUGUGAGUUCUGUGUGCCAGUAAAUCAGACUUGUUCCAGCAUUAAGCCUUUGCUCAUGUGUGGAUUAUUUGGCGAUUACAGCGAUAUUUCUUCUCUUGGAUUAUUGGGAUUACUCUGCUUUUGGGAAAAGGAAAACUAGACGGUGAUAUUGACCACUACCGUCACACCUCCCUUCUGUGAAAGUUUCAUUUUCAAUCAGAUGUUAAUUUACUUUGGAAAUGUUAAGUCCUGCAUCAACCUGUCACUCACUAGCACCGCUUUCAUCUUUCUGUGGAUCCUCUUCAGCUUACAUCAGCCUAUAUUACUGCUGAACUCUCAUGCAUUGAGAUCUAUGGAGGAUCUUGUAAUACCGUGGGAUUCUCCAUAAAUAAAGCUAAGUCCCUGCUGCCAUCACUAGCGAUGGCUGAGGGGGAUUGACAUUGACACUUGACACAUACGGAAUACUACUUUCUCUCAGUAUAUCUCUUGACUUGGUUGGAAAUUCCAAUACAGUUAUCAUGAGUAUUUCAAUAACAAUGCUGCUUUAAUUGCUUAGAAAAGUAUUAGUCAGGGAUGAAAAGCUGGAUUUUCAUGAUAAUGAACCUAUUGCAUUGCACAAUGUUAAUUAAAGGCAAUUAGACAUAUUCCUGAAAUCCAGUUGCUUGUCAGAUCUGGAUCUACAUCCUGUUUUGAAUACUUUAUUUUUGUAUUCUUUUUAAAGUCGGUAGCUUUUUCUUUAAAUGGACACUGUAGGCACUUUAGCAACUUUAUGCUUGUGAAGGUGUCAGUGCCAGCAGACCACCUCCUAACCUCCAAAACCCUGUAGUACACUAGAGUGCUAUAAAGCGCAUCUUCAAGCCACGCCUCCAAGUCACGGUCAGCCAUAGAAUUCUAUUCAGUGAUUAUCUGUGGCAGAAUUGUAUGCACAACACGGUGAAUGCCACACAUUAGUGCCCAAUGCUUCUAUGUGAGAUAUGAGGAGCAAUGGAUUGGCACAACUGACAGAUGUCAUUAAUCGAGGAGGAGGCUGCGACGGCGUCGAGGGAGAUUCUGUGCUGGAGAAAAGGUAGGUAAUUUGUUUUAAAUUUUUUUACUUAUAUACGGGGGAGACCAAAAUGACAGGGAGCAUCAGGCCGUUAGCAUUACGAAUACAGAUUACACUACAAUGUUCCUUUCAAGCUCAAAGGAAUACUUUAGGGUUAAGAAUACAAACCUAUUACUGACACUGCAGGAGAGGUGUAGGAAGCACCUCUAGUGGCCGUAUAAGUGACUGCCAAUAGAGGUGUUCCUAGUCAGUAAUGUAAACACUUCGUCUGUUUAACUUUAUUUCAGGGUCUCCUCUACUCCUGGCUUUUUAUUUACAAUGAGAACUCUGAUGAGGGAAUACAGUUUUCUAAAUACAGAACUUUUAGCUAACAAAGUGGUGUUAUUUGGUUGAAGGGUCAAGGACGUCGUAGCUCAGUGAUAACUAACCUUUUGCAAGCCAGCUCAUGUGUACUGUGGCUCUCAAUCUCCAAGGGCAAUGAUAGCAAGUGAUAAGACCUUGUCAUUAUUAGCUAAAAUUCUACAAACCUCAUACAUUUGUUCUGGAAGACAUCAGAGUAAAAUCUAUCAAAGUAGCUCUUUGUGUGUAGUCUUUCUUUCGUUUUCAUGUCAUUUUGUUGCAUCAUUUUAUAAAAGAUCAUGCCGUCAAUUUUACUGUAUUUUUUUUUUUCUCUGUUGUCCACAAUUUCAGAACAUUUCCAAAAAUUAAAGAAAAAGAAGUUAGUAUUGUGAAGCCGUGAGUCCAUAGUGUUUCCUUAUCUUUGGAUAUGAGCAAGCACUUCCCUAUAUAUCUGGUUGUCUCUCAGAUGCUGCACUUUUUACCAUGUUCAGGCAAAUUCUGGGUCAACCAUUGGAUGUUCUACAUUUUUAUCUUGUGUUUUUUUUAGUUUUUUUUAAACUCCUUAAAGGGAUUGUAGUGGCAGGAAUAUAAAUAUGUAUUCUUGACACAAUAGGAGGUCUUCAUUACAGUUUAGUCCCCCACCCCCAUUAAACCCAGUUAAAAAGGUGAUUUACUCACCUUUUUUCCAUUGCCGCUCGGGUCCAGUCAUGGCUGCCCACCUCCCCCCCCUCCCCCCCCCGGCUGAGCUUAUUAAACUUGAUGUCGCACAUGCAAUUGGGAAGCUAUCGUGCAUGAUUCAUUUAAUCUCUGAGGAAAAUUCAGCUGAACGUCCGUGCACCCAGGAAGCCCCUCAAGGCGUUAAUGUAAAAACUGAUUUUUCUCUGGAAAGGCAGUGUUUACAGUGCUCAGCCUGCAGGGACAGGCUUUAGAUACCAGAACCACUACAGUUCCUUUAAUUGGCAAUAUAGUUGAGCAAUCAAUGCAGUAAUAUAAUGCUGUUUGGCUGCAAAAUUUUCAAGAAGAAAAAUCACUAUCCAAAGGAAAGUCAUACAGAAUUAUUUUAAAAAUCGACUUACUUUUUCCUCUUUUUUUGUAUUGAUAACUUUGCUUAUUCUUGUCCUUUCUCUAGAUCAAGAUGGGGAGUUGUCUGGAACAUUAUCUCUUGUGCUCACACAAUGCUGUAAAAGGAUAAAGGACACUGUACAGAAACUGGCUUCAGAUCAUAAAGACAUUCACAGCAGUGUAUCCCGGGUGGGGAAAGCCAUUGAUAAGGUAUGGAUGCUUAGAAUAUGAUGAGCUCCUAUUAUUGGUUCUCAUGUGCCUUGUUACCACUGAGCGGAGCGGUUCGGUACGCUAUUUUGAGUGUUUCCAUUAUGAAAGUGGCCCAUACAACCGAACCGCACCAUUCCGGGUCCUCCUUCAGAUGUAGGGCCAUAGUAAAUGGUACGGUACGGUUAGGGCGGAGCUACUAGUCACACUAUACAAUCUAUUGAUUGGCGGGCAGGAAAACGUCAAUGCUCACGACACAUGACAUGCUAGGCAUAUUUUCUAAACCCCACAUGGCCCUUGAAGGUCUGACUUGCAGUGGAAACGCUCAACUGAAUAGGCUGGACCAUUCUAAACCUUCCAAACCGUACCUACCCGAACCAAUCCACUCAGUGGAAAUGAGACAUUCGUAAUCUGUUUACAAAAGCUGAACCUUUGGAAAGCAUUUGAUCUCUCAAACUUUCUGCUCCAGAACAGUUAUUAUAUCUUACUCUGAAAUUCAAGUAAAACUCCAAAGCCAAGGUCAUCUUAUAUGAUGGAUUAAAGUGUUAAAAUGCCUUUUGGAGUUGCUGCCUCUUCUAUAGUUUUGUUUUUUUCGCGGCUCGACAAUCGCCAUAUAGGUCAAAAUGUUUAAGGGUUCCAUUGUUUAAUGGAUUAAAGUCACAUGCAAAUGAUUUUGGAGUUGUUGCUUCUUUAAAGAUAUUUGUUUGAUUAACUUCCCUAAUUGACUCUCUGUUAUUGCCCACUAUAUUUUACUACAAAAAAUCCACUACUUUCCUUCUUACAUUGCUAUGAUUUCCUAUUUCAGGAUUUGCGAUUUAUGUAUUCAAAUAAAAUAAAACCCUGGUUGCAAUAGUAAUAGCUGCCAUGUAUUAUAUGUCCUAUUUCAUCACAGUGUUUCUUUUUGCAUUAAAAAGAAAAGCAAAUGUAUUUAGUUUUAAUAGGCAGAUCAUGUUUUCAAAUCCCAUGCUGCAUGGUGUGUGAUGUUUCCACAAAAAUCGUAUUGCAAGAUGAGACUGGAUCCCCUAAUAUCUGUGCCAGGAAAUCCAUCUAUGCCUUAAUAAUUUUGCAGCUCCUCACCAAUAAGCCUUGUGUUAUUACUUCAAGUCACAUAAAGAAUAGAAAUAAAUGUAUGCCUCAUGUCACAAAUCCUAAAAGAUAACAUUUGUAAGCAGACUAGUGUGUAUUUUCGCUCUCCCUCUCCCUGAAUGGCCAUAUGUAUACUGGAUGCUGUAGGGAUUGACUCAUUUUCACCCAUCUAUUUUAUUCUUCAUUUGACUUAAGUAAUACUUUUCUUUUUAAGGAUUAUUGGUGUGCAGUUGUAGAAUGAUUUAGUAUCUUUAGUUUAGAGAGUAGGCAGCCUUACUUUAUGUAUAGAAUCGUCUAUUUCUAGUCUGGUGUGCCCCUAUGUACUAAUGAAUGCAUCUUUGCCUGCCUGAGUAGUCAGUUUUGCUUUGGGUCAGGAGCUGCUGGUUUAGCAUGAAUAGAGUUGAAAUCCACAGCUCCUGUAGCAGCAGACAUUGCCUGUCCCACUAAAAUGGUGGUUGUGUAUUUUAUCUGUUGCAGAACUUUGAUGCGGAUAUCAGCAGUGUGGGGAUUGAUGGCUGCUGGCAGACAGACAGUCAACGGCUUCUCAAUGAGGUGAUGGUAGAGCACUUCUUCCGGCAGGGGAUGCUGGACGUGGCUGAAGAGCUCUGCCAGGUACACACCACAAAGGUCACUACCCAUCAUUCACUUCAAAAUGUUUUUAGAAUUAGGGCUAAAGUAAAGAGAUAUAAACUUGCUGGCUGUAACCUGGAGUGUUAUCCUGUAGUCUUUAUUAUUUUGACAUUACUUUUGAUAUUUUCCUAGAUCUUAUUGUCCCCCACUUUUUAUGUUGUAAGCAUAAACUAUAAAUAUAGUGAUUCUGUAUGUACAUCCAGCAUGCAGCUAGCAUUCUUAGUUCAUAUUAGUUUACAAUUCACGUUUUAUUAAUGUCAGUUUUCUUUUUUGUUUUUUUUCAAUAUUAAUUUCAUUUUCCUUCUUUGUUGUGUUUUUACUUUGUUUAGGAAGCUGGCCUUUCUAUAGACUCGAGCCAAAAAGAACCAUUUGUCGAGUUAAACCGAAUAUUGGAGGCAUUAAAAGUCAGAGUACUGCGGCCAGCCCUAGAGUGAGUGUUUUAUCACUGCAACCCUUUACCCACUGCUGCACAAAACAAUAUAUCACUUCACUGUAUUUUUUUUUUUUUUUGGAGCCGAUACCGAUAACCUGUAAACUUUCAGGCCGAUAGCUUACUGAUAUUCUCUACAUUUACCGUAUUUUAGUUUUGCUAAUCUUUUUUUUAUUUUUUAUUAAGUGGUAAAUGCACAAAAUAUACAUGCCAGUCAGGUUUUAUAUUUUCAAGAAUAUUUAUGUGUGUGUAGUAGAUGCAGUGAGAGUAUUUGAUUAGUAAAUGCAGUGUGUAUGUUUGUGUAGUGGAUGCAGUGUGGGUAGUUGAUUCAGUGUGUGUGUUUGUGUAACGGAUGCAAAUUACCCUUAAUGUUUCUCUCACUUCUCUUUUAGUGCCUUCCCUUCCCUCCUCUGUAUCUUGGUGUCCUCCCUUAAUGUUCCUCUUUACCCCCACCCUCCCCUGUCCCAUAUUGUUCUUUACACCCCCCCUCCCCUGUCCCAUAGUGUUCUUUACCCCCACCCUCCCCUGUCCCAUAUUGUUCUUCACCCCCCUCCCCUGUCCCGCAAAGUGAUUCUUUCUCCCUCCUGUCCCAUAGUGGUCUUUACCCCCUCCUACUCCCCGCAAAGUGGUCUUUACCACCCUCCCCAUAGUGGUCUUUACCACCUCCCCUGGAUCCCAUAUUGGUCUUUACUGCCCCCCUCCCCUGUCCCAUAGUGUCUUCACCCCCCUCCCUGUCCCAUAGUGGUCUUGCCCCUCCCCUGUCCCAUAGUGGUCACUACCCCCCCCUCUGUCCCAUGAGUAAUUCUUUACCCCCCCUCCCGUCCUGGUGGUCUUUACCCCCCUCCCGUCCCAUAGUGUUCUUCACCCCCCUUCUCUGCCCCAUAGUGUUCUUCACCCCCUUUCCCUGUCCCAUAGUGUUCUUCACCCCCUUUCCCUGUCCCAUAGUGUUCUUCACCCCCUUUCCCUGUCCCAUAGUGUUCUUCACCCCCCCCUUUCCCUGUCCCAUGGUGUUCUUCACCCCUUUCCUUGUCCCAUGGUGUUCUUCACCCCUUUCCCUGUCCCAUAGUGGUUCUUCACCCCCCCUUCCCCAUAGUGCUCCUUGCAGCCUCCUGCCUCCCCAUGAGUGCUCCUUGCAGCCCCUCCCUCCCCAUGAGUGCUCCUUACACGCCCCCUCCUCACCCCAUAGUACUCCUUGCCGCCCCUCCUCCCCAUGGUGCUCCUUGCAGCCCCCUCCCCAUGGUGGCAUGGCCCCCUCCCCCCAUAUGGUGCUCCUUACGCCCCCUCCUCCCCCAUGGUGCUCCUUGCAGCCCCUCCUCCCCAUGGUGCUCCUUGCAGCCCCCUCCUCCCCAUGGUCUCCUUGCGCCCCCUCCUCCCCAUGGUGCUCCUUGCAGCCCCCUCCUCCCCAUGGUGCUCCUUGCAGCCCCCUCCUCCCCCCGCCAGUGCUCCUUGCAGCCCGUCUUCCCCCCCAUAGUGCUCCUUGCUGCGCCCCCUCCUCCCCCAUGGUGCUCCUUACAGCCCCCUCCUCCCCCCAUGGUGCUCCUUGCAAGCCCCUCCUCCCCCAUAGUGCUCCUUACAGCCCCCUCCUCCCCCCCUUGGGUGCUCCUUGCGCCCCCUCCUCCCCCCACUGUAGUGCUCCUUACGCACCCCCAUGAAUUAUCGCCACCGCCCCAUAGUGCUCCCUUGCAGCCCCCUCCUCCCCCAUAGUGCUCCUUGCAGCCCCAUAGGUGCUCCCUUGCAGCCCCCUCCUCCCCAUGAGUGCUCCUUGCAGCCCCCUCCGCACUCCCCAUGGUGCUCCUUACGCCCCCCCCCCCAUAGUGCUCCUUACCACCCCCUCCCCUGUCCCUUAGUGCAUUUUAUGUACUGCCAUAAUUUUAUUUCUGUCAUAGUACACGGGCCACCUCUGAAUGAUGGUGUGACUGUAUUUCAUGGUCAUCAGCAGGCUCUUGAAAUAUUAAGGAUCUAAUUUUCAAUGGGAGUUUUUAUUCCAUCUUCCUCUGAUCAGUCUUCCACUUCACAUUGAAAUGAGCACAGUUGGGUCUGCAUUUUCUACCUUGUACAAUAUGCGUGGCAUAGAUCUUGCACCCAUAGAAGGUGAUUUUGAAUUUCUUUUCCCCAAAUCCCCCAUAACCAUAUUUUAUUUCAUUUUUGUUUCUACAGGUGGGCUGUAUCAAACAGAGAAAUGCUGAUGGCUCAGAACAGCUCGUUGGAGUUCAAAUUGCACAGAUUAUACUUUAUUAGUUUAUUGAUGGGUGGAACCCCCAACCAGAGGGAGGCACUGCAAUAUGCCAAAAACUUUCAGCCCUUUGCUUUAAAUCAUCAAAAAGGUAAGUAGGCCACUGCUUGAUAAAUGUAAUUGACGGCGUACGUGCCGUAUUCAUUUUUAAAAUGCAAGGAGUGAUGUUUACUUGGUGAUUUGACGUGCCAUGCUUUGCAGCAAAAACUGAGAAUAUAAGCACUCUGAGAACGGACAAAUGCUUAGAGAAACAUCAAUAUCUUGCCAUUCAGGUUACUCCCCGCUCAGAUCACAAAGUGUGUUUUUUUUUUUUUUUGUUUUGUUUUGUUUUUUUUUCUAGGAAGCAUUUAGAAGCUUUAUGGUUUCCUGCACAUUAUUAAACAUAAGGAAAUACAGUUGUAUUAUGUGGUUAAAAAAUUAUUCCAUUGUGUUUCCGAGUUAUAAAUGGGAGAUAUGGAUCAUGGCCCUUAAAAAUAUCGUAAAUGAAGAGGGGGGAAAAAACAACCAUUGCUUGUAGAACUUCACCCAGAUUGCUUUUUUGAACAGUUGAACUUGGUCCUAGUGAAUUUUCCCCUUCAGUGUAGGAUAUCCCAUUCAUGGCUAAACUUGGCAUUCCAGAUGUUUUUGUUAAUGGUUUUUCCUGUAAUGCUCAAUCAGUGGUUGGUUGAGCAUAAGAAGUCAUCUGCAGUGCCAAACUAGGGAUCAGCUGGAUGUAUUAAUUACUGGCCCAAAUAGGCUGUGAUAAAAGAAACACUCCAAACUCCUAAAACUUCAGAACAUGAAAACAUAUAUUUAUUUGUAACACUGGAGUAUUCCUCUAAACAUCCUUCUGUAUCACACAACAAGAGGACAGUGUCUUAAAUUAGAAGGGCAGAGGUUUAAAACUAAUAUCAGGAAGUAUUACUUUACUGAGAGUGUAGUGAAUGCAUGGCAUAGCCUUCCAGCUGAAGUGGUAGAGGUUAACACAGUAAUGGAGUUUAAGCAUACGUGGGAUAGGCAUAAGGCUAUCCUAACUAUAAGAAAAAGGCCAGAGACUAAUGAAAGUGUUUAGAAGAUUGGGCAGACUAGACAGGCCGAAUGGUUCUUAUCUGCCGUCACAUUCUAUGUUUCUAUUUUGCUCUAAUCCAGGUGCUUUAAAUGUCCUGCUCUUAUUCUUCUACUCCCUUUUAGAUAUUCAGGUGCUUAUGGGCAGUCUUGUGUACCUGCGACAGGGUAUUGAGAACUCUCCGUAUGUCCAUCUUCUUGACGCAAAUCAGUGGGCAGACAUCUGUGACCUCUUUACCCGGGAUGCUUGCGCUCUGCUUGGUCUCUCUGUAGAAUCACCUCUCAGUGUUAGGUAAUUGAUUCAAAUAUAAACUAUGCACUGAUUUAACAUUACUAUGGGAAGACACAAUUGUUUCCUGGGUUAUUUAAUUUGUUCGUCAUUUUAUGCAGUGAUACUGAAUUAAGCCAAUUUUGGUUUUAGUUUACGAAUUUAUUUUAACAUUUAACCCCUUAAGGACACAUGACGGAAAUAUUCCGUCACAAUUACCUUUUAUUCCAGAAGUUGUCCUUAAGGGGUUAAUCAGGUCACUUUAGUAAAUUAGCUUUGGCAGUGGUAGUCCUGUUGCGAGUAGUUGGAUUUCUGAAACUUUUUUUAUUUUUAUUUUUUUUAUUUUAAAGUGAACAUAUUGUGGCUAGUUCACUGUAAAGGAACACUCUAAGAACCAUGACCACUACAGUAGUCAAACUGUUCUUGACUUCUUACCUGGAGUCCACCGGGCACCGUUUCCCACCUCCAGUACUUCGAUCAGAGAGCCGGGUGCUCUUGUGUAGGAGCUACCGUUAAGUCUCCUGAGCCAACCCUGCACUGGCAAGCUUAGUUUAGACAGUUCAAUCUCUCUGACUGAUGUGAUGGAUGAAGGGAGUAACACAGUUUGACUCCUUGCAUUAGGAAUGUGCCAGGGCACGCUGUAGUCUUUCUUUUAAGCAUCAACACUUUUUUUAAAGGGGCCCUCACGCUUCAUAAUCAUUAUAGCUUAUUGUGGUGUUAUUGGUGCAAGGAUUCUUUAAUCCAUUUUUCUUUUUGUUCUCUGCACUGUAUAUUUUGCGAUACAUUUCUUUGCCAAGUGUGAAUUACAUUUUCAUACAGACUUGUACUAAUAGUGUGUGUUUGAUUACUUUUUAGCUUUUCUGCCGGAUGUGUGGCCCUUCCUGCCCUUAUUAAUAUAAAGGCCGUAAUUGAACAAAGGCAGUGCACUGGUGUAUGGAACCAGAAAGACGAAUUACCAGUAAGUAGGUAGCAUGCAUUCAGUGUGAUGAGAAAAAUAAAACAUUUUGAGAGCGUCUGGGAAUGUACAACAUUUAAGGGUCGAACUUCUGUUUCAAACUAACAUUACCUUUUGGGGAAACUGACUUUUCUGGUGUGUCUGAUCCAGCCAGUGAACCAAGGAAACAUUUGGUGUUUGUCUUUUUUUGUUUUUUUUAUAUAUACUGUGUGUUUUUUUUUUGUUUUUUUUCUUACCUGAAGCAGUUUACUGUCAAAUCUAAUAGUAAAACGUGAUCUAUCGAUUAACCUCUCACUUCUUACUUAUUCAAAACCACUCUUAACCCCUUAAGGACCAAACUUCUGGAAUAAAAGGGAAUCAUGACAUGUCACACAUGUCAUGUGUCCUUAAGGGGUUAAUACUUAUGUUAAAAUAACUUACUGGGGUUUAACUAGCCACAAUCUAUGCCAUAUAUUGCUAAGAUAGAACCUGAUAAAAAUGGAGUACAUUGGAGUAGUGGCAGGCUUAUGCAGUGUAUGAUCAUGUGCUGUAACCUAAUCCCUGUUAUAAAUCAGGUGUUUAACCCCCUUAAGGACUGAGCCAAAUGUACACGUUUUGAUCAAAAUAAAACCUAGACAAAACUUGGAAUUUGACUAUGUCUGUUCAACUGUAAUUCACCUCUUUCAGAUUAUGUGCACCCAGACUUAUUAUAUAUCAUUUUAUUCAGGGGAAAUAGGGCUUUCAUUUAACAUCAAAUAUUUAGCUACGAAACAUUUAAUAUGAAUAAAAUAUUAACUGGGAAUGUCAUAAUACUGUUUGCUUUUACUGCAAUAAAAUACACCUAUUUGUAUUCAGUGAUGUCUCACGUGUUAAACGGUACCCCCUAUGUACAGGUUUUAUGGUGUUUUGGGAAGUUACAGGGUCAAAUAUAGCACAUUACAUUUUUCAGGUUUCUUUUUUUACAUUGAAAUUCGUCAAAUUGUUUACGUUGCCUUUGAGACCAUAUGGUGGCACAGGAAUGGCAUACCAUUUACAAUAGUAGACAAUCCAAGGUAUUGCAAAUGGGGUAUGUCCAGUCUUUUUUAGUAGCCACUUAGUCACAAACACUGGCCAAAGUUAGUGUUAAUAUUUGUGUGUGAAAAAUGCAAAAAACUAAUUUGAACGCCAAUUUUGGCCAGUGUUUGUGCCUAUAAUGUUCCUUUAAAAUGAUCACUUACACUUUAAUCAUACACUUGCCAUUAGUGCAGUUUUUCUAUUGUAUUCUGCACAAACAGAGGCAUCACUGCCCCUUAUUAUUCCUCAUGAAGCUCGGCUAGCAUAGAGGGAAGUGUUGUUUAUAAACCUCGGCAGUGCUGCCGUUAGUUUUGUUUGGUCUAGUCUUUAAUUUAACCAUUUCAUGUCUAAGGAUUUUAACCAUUUUAAUGUGUAAGUGACUAUUUGGUUACUUUCUUUUAAAGACCGUUUAUUUGUAUGUAAACUAUACUAAAUGUGUUUUUUUUUUUUUUUGUUACUUAAAGAUUGAAGUGGACCUUGGUAAGAAAUGCUGGUAUCAUUCAAUAUUUGCCUGUCCCAUCCUUCGUCAACAAACUACAGAUAAUAAUCCUCCAAUGAAGUUAGUAUGUGGACACAUCAUAUCUCGAGAUGCUCUGAAUAAAAUGUUCAAUGGCAGCAAGUAAGUUUGUUCAGACUAACGGGAAGAAGCAAUAAUAUGAAUGGCUUUGUGGGAGAGUGACCGAAAGCAUGGCACAUCAUUCAUAUAGAUUUAGCCCAAAUGUGUGAACAUCUCUGCUGUACGGUGCAGAUCUGCUACAUAGUUCCCCUUUCCUCUUCUGAAUGAGUAAGCAGGGGUCUGUUAAGGUUUCAUAUUAUUGAUCUGUACACAGAGAUUUACUAUGCAUUCUCAAAAUGAGUGGAUAAGUCUAUUAGUUCUUUCAGGUAAGGAAAGCAUUGAAUCUGUGCAUUGCACAGCCUCCUUCAGUAAUCUCCUUUUGAUGAUUUUCUUUUUUUGCCGUUAAGAAUUCUCAUGCACUUUCUGUUACCCCAAAAUUGCGCAUUUGGGUCUUAAAGGACAACUGCCAUUCACAGUUCAGUUCUUGUUUGUUUUUGUUUUUUUAUUUUUUAUUAUUAUUAUUAUUAUUAUUAUAGUUUAUUGCAUUAAGUAAAACUUGCUGUUUUCAUUAUAUAUACAGGGUUUUUCACCAACGUGAAAUUGUAAAUUUUAGGUCAAAGUAGCCAAACUGGAAAAAGUCAACACUUCUUUCCAUUAAAGGACCACUAUAGUGCCAGGAAAACAAACUUGUUUUCCUGGCACUAUAGUAUUAAUAGGUCCCCCUCUCCCGCUGGGCUGAAGUGGGAGUUAGAGGUUAAGUCACUUGCCUUUCUCCAGCGCCGGGCUCCCUUGGCGCUGGGGACUCUCCUCCUCCUUUGGACGUCAUCGGCUGAAUGCGCAGCAAGAGCCGCGCCCGCAAUCAGUCCUAAGGAAAGCAUUACUUAAUGCUUUCCUAUGGACGCUGGCGUCUUCUCACUGUGAAAAUCACAGUGAGAAGCGCAGAAGCGCCUCUAGCGGCUGUCAAUGAGACAGCCACUAGAGGCUGGAUUAACCCUAUUAUAAACAUUGCAGUUUCUCUGAAACUAUGUUUACAGCAGGCAGGGUUAACCCUAGAUGGACCUGGCACUCAGCCCACUUUAUUAAGCUGAAGUGGUCUAGGUGCCUAUAGUGGUCCUUUAACCCCUUAAGGACCAAACUUCUGGAAUAAAAGGGAAUCAUGACAUGUCACACAUGUCAUGUGUCCUUAACGGGUUAAGCUACUCUGACCUUAAAUUUGGAAAUAAUUAUAGUGAAUAACCCUGAUGGUGUUUUUUGUUUUUUCCUACUGUUUCCUUGUGACCAACGUCUGCUCAGCCUAACUUGCUUGCCACUGCUGCAGCUUCACUCAAAGGAUUCACAGCAUCUGGCAAGUUAGGUUGAGCAGCUAUUGGUAAAAUAAUAGAAUCGGACCCAACAUAAAAAAACAAAAAACCCCACAUAAUUUGAUUAAAAAGUUCCUGCCAUGCCUGCAAACAACUUUAAGCAUCUAUACAUUAUGCUAACAGAUUUGCUAGCAAAUGUAUAGAUUGAGAGGAAAAACCUAUAUUAAAAUAAUUCUCCCGCCUGUCAGUCAAAUCUUUGGCAUAGACCUGUGCUAUUUUGAAGAUUUGACUGGCCAGUGAGAGCAGAAAAGACCUUGCACAGGCAGUCCUUAAUGCUCGCCUUAGCAUAGCAACCACAUUGCAAUUUGCUGGAAACUCUCUAGCUGAUUCUGCUAGCAGUAGUUAGGGAGUAGAGGAUCCAGGGACACCUUAAAUAAGAGACGUACGUAAUUCUCUAAAUUGAUAUAAAAUGUCUCGUAAUAUAUAUUUUUUUUAUUUUUAUUUAUUUAUUUUUAUUGGACUAACAGAAUUUUUUUUAAUGACAAGCUUUCGGGAGAACCUCCCUUUCUCAAGUCUAAAGCAUUUCUGAGCAAAGAUGACACAUCAAAUUUAAAGUUGAGUUGUGAUACAUGGCUUAAAGCGACAUUAGUGCAGAUUAGACACAGGUUUGAUAGAAAAUAGACACAAUUCUCACAGAGUCCUACAUAUCUUGUGUGAAGAUCAGAGUGAAGGGGCAGGGGGGGGGGAGGAAGAGGAAAAACAACAAGCAAACCGUGCAGAACAUGGUGCAAGAAGAGGAGUGUAAAAAAACAAUUACUUGGAUUAAGAAUGCAUGGCUUCACAUCCAAGAAUUCCAGAAUAUGCAUGAAUGCCUAUAUACAGCAUACAGAGACACGCACAUAUACAUCUACACUGUGUGUAUGUAUGUAUGUAUAUAUAUAUCUCUGUCUAGCUAAUAUUUGGAAUUCUGUUAGCUAUUCACAAUCCCUGGUUUAGUGAAUAAACCCUUGGUAUUUAAGAUAUCAUCACUUGCCCAUAUAACAUUUAGUUGCUUUUUAAAGCAUUAUUUAACUUUAUUUUAAUCAUGUUGCUUAUCUUUUUAUUUUUCAGAUUAAAAUGCCCAUAUUGCCCUAUGGAGCAGAGCCCAGGAGAUGCCAAACAGAUCUUUUUCUGAAGAAGUGGAUUUUUUUUUCUUUCUAUUUUUCUGGUGGCCUCAUGUUUUUGUAGUGCAUUAGAAGAAAGCUGGAGAAAGGUUUUUUCUUUUCUUUUCCAUAUACAGGAGACCAUGGUUACCCCUGAUUUUGGUUUUGCCAGAAUGGUGCCUAUAGUGUGAUCCCAUGAAUGUCAUGGGAUUGAAGGCUUGUUGAAGCUGGGCAAUAUUGCGUAGCUACGGUCUCUGAACAUGACCACAUGCGUAAACACAGCAGUGGUCAAACAAUGCAGGUUUUUUUGUACUUACAAGCAAAAGAUAAUGUAACUUUUUAUUGAGAAAUUUCAGAAAUCACCCUGUUCUUAAUUAUUCUGUUCUUAUCUUGUAUUAUUAAUAACUGUCAAUAUAGGGAAAUGUUGUGAGUUAUAUUCUCUUGUAUGGUGUGUGUAUAUAACUAAACAAUCUACAGAGAAAUAUGAUAAAGCCCAUAGUGCAUAUAGAAAUUUAACUUGUAUUUUUUUCAGCUAAGAUAAAUGGCUGUAAUAUCCAGAGUUUUUCUUUCAAAGAUCUUUUCCUGCUGUACUUAACACACAAAUUGUAAAUAAAAAAAAGACCCACUGUCUAUAAUUAAAAAAAAAGAGUGCAACAGUUUGCUGCUAAAAUAAAAUGGGAGGUUAUAUUGUGCUUUAAUUAUUACAAAAUGUUUGUGUGAUCAGAAUAUUAAAUAAAGUAAAAUUCUUACCUGGGUGUGUUCAGUAGUGGGGUUGAUCUCUGACCGUUUGAAUUUAAAGUAAAAUAUUCACUCAGUGUUGCAUAGUGUAAUGACACUGAAACAGAGAAAUGGGUUCAGGAACGAAUGUUU